GGUGGGAUCGGCCCAAAAUCUGGCCCAGACCUCACUCAGAGCCUCCCUCGAUCACACCCACCGCACCGCGGCUUCCCUUCGUCGCCGCCCGCCGCCAGCCUCCGGUGCUUCCAUCGAAGAACGGAAGGCAGCUAGUCGCACUUGCCCCGCCGACGCGUCGAUUGGCAUUGACUUUGCAUGGAGUGGUGAUCCAUCCGAACUUGGGGUUGUUUUCUUUCCUGUGAUGGAGAUAGUCUCUUACCUGCUUCUGUAAGGGGAUGCCUUUUCUCGUUCUCCUGCUACCUAUCGCCUUUGUCAAAGCAUGUCUACACUAGAUAGCACAGCUUUGAAGAUGGCCACAAAACUUGAUCAAUCUUCUCCAGCUGAGUCUCGGCAAGCAAAACCCACUGCAUCGCCAUCUUUGGCACCCAAACUGUCAAUUUUUGGCACAAAAGCUGGAUUUGUCAUACCCAAAAAUAAGCUAGCUGGUUCACUUGUUAUCCGGGGCAGCAGCGCCAAGAAUGAAACACCAACUGCAUCCAAGGAAGAAACCAACAAACAUGUUCAAAGAAAGACAAAGUGGGGGCCUGACCUUGCCUUGGAGCCUGCCGUGUGCAAAGGCAGAGCUUUGGCCUACCAGAUUCGAGUGGAGCAAAUUACCAAGCUGCUGAAAUCUGAAGCUCUGGAGAUGGGCAAACUCGAGGGUUCAAUGUCUACUGCAAUGGGGCCAAAUUCUGAUGGUGCUGACAAUUUGAAAGAGAAUGAGGAGGGCAAGGCGGAGCUCUUGGAACUUGAAAGACGAGAAAUUAUUGGUGAAAUACUCUGUUUGAAUCCGGGAUAUAAUGCUCCUGACGACUACAAACCAUUACUUAAGGAGACAAAAAUCCCUCUUCCGGCAAAAGCACAUCAAGGAUAUAAUAUUAUUGGAGUUCUUAUAGGACCUGAGAGCAAUACCCAGAAGCGGCUGCAGGAAGAAACUGGAGCUAUAAUACGAGUAUAUGGGACUAGAAAAAUCAAUGGAGAGAAGAGUGAGAUUCAUUAUCCAGAAAUAGAUGAAGCUCAAGCUGCUUAUGAAGACUUACACAUCAAUGUCUCGGCUGACUCUUACGAUAAAGUAGAUGCUGCAGUUGCAUUGAUUGAGCUUCUCCUUACUCCUGUCUCCGUAAAAUCAACAGAUACUACAACAACUGCUACUGUUUCUUCAGCAGUUACCUCUGAUGCUGUAAAUCCAGUUGAUGUGCAACUGGUGCAGAGUACCACUUCACAGCCAGGUUUACUUCACUACCAAUCACAUAAUGCCCCUUGGUUCUCCACUCCCCGAACCAAUGGUCCAUCAAUUCCUUCAUCCGGGCCUGUUUCGAGUUCAUUGCCUAACAAUCCGUUGCAACUACAACCUCAGAUGAAUACCAUGCCAAGAAAUCCAGUUCCUGUUCCUGGACCUCCACCAUCAAUACCAAACAUUCAACAGCCUCCAUCUCAGCUUCGAGCGAACCCCUCAAAUUGGCCUCCAUUUGGUCAGCCACCUGGAAUUGUAACCCCACAAACAACACCAUCUUCCUCAGUGCCACCACCAGUUAGGCCCCUUCAAACACCCCAUUCAUCUGGUGGAUGGCCAUCUUUUUCUCCUGUUAUGUCGCAAUCUCAGAGGUCUCCACAAGCUCCACUGACUUUUAUGCCAAUGAGACCUCCUAUUUCUGUCUCUCCUCUUGGUUCAAAUCCACCGCAAGGUCCCGUUGCAUUGGUGCCUCAGUCAAAUGUUCCCACCAACUAUCGCAGUCAGCCACCAGUGGCAAAUUUCACUCCUUCAGCAACACUGCUUUCCAGGCCUCCUGGUGGAGCACAGUCUUUUCCGCCUCAAGGUCCUUCCUCAAUGCAGGUACUACCAUUUCCUGCUGGGGCAUCAGCGCAGUCACCUUACCCACUUUCCAUGCAAGUGCAUCCUACAAUGUCGACACCUGAUACAAUGAGAGGCCCACCUACCUCAGCUCCUGCAAGCACAAGCUACAUUCAGGCAUCCAUAGGCGCUUUGAGACCUCCAUGUCCAGCCGCUGGUGAUUUUACGUUUUGUCCUGUUGUACCACCUUCACAUACCCUAGACUUUCCAGCAUCGGCCAGUCAAAUGGGAAUACAUGGCAACAUUCACCCUGGUUUACCUCAUGCACCAUUUUUCCGCCCUGCCAAUGUGGCAGGUCAAGGUUUCCAAAGGCCUCUUGAUGGCAGGCCCAUGGGUCAGCCUCGGAUGCAUGCCCCACCUCCACACUUCCCUGGAGCCUUCCCCAGGAAUCCAUCUAGUCAUCAAUUACCUGUGGGGUUUCGAGCGAUCCCUCCAGCAGUUCAACCAGGUGGACGGAUAAUUUCUCCUCUAAUGCCGCCACCGUCAAACGUGUCCAAUUUCUUACCUUCUCGCCCAUUUCAGUUCAUGCCACCGCCACAACAGAAUCUGAUUCCGAAUACGAACAGGCAAGGUGACAAUCCAGGUGGUGCCAAUCCAAUAUAUGAUCCUUUUGCACCAACAGCAGCCUCAGGAGCGAAGAAAACAGAUGGCGACCCUUAGUAUGAGGAUCUCAUGGCGUCGGUUGGUGUGAAGUGACUGCUGGGAUCUCUGUGAGAUCCAAGUUGUGAGCAGAUCUGGCAUGUAGUAGUUUGGAUUUCAUUUGCUACUGCUAGUUGUUCUUUCUGGAUUUCCUAUGGCCUCCCUCCAUUAAAGAAAGAAAAAACCGCUUGUCUAAAUGGAAAUGAGUGGAAUUUGACCCAGAUAGUCUUCUGAACACAUGUUGUGGGGUGUCAAGGUUGCGAUCUCAUGCGUGUUAUUCCUGGCAUCACUUGUUAUUUAUUAUGAAAGGAGGAAAUUGUGAUACUGUUAAAGAGGAGGCAAUAGCAUUUUAUUUUCUUCU